GGGCCGCGCGGCCUCCUCCUCCUCUCGCCCACCGGAAGUCCACCCACAGGAAGGAAGGAAGGCGGCGGAGGAGGAGGGCGGCGACGCCCCCGCGGCUGGGCGCCCGUCGAUUAAAACAAGCUGCUGUCCUAUUCUAUUUCUAUCCGUCCCUCCUCAUCUGCUUGCCUCUCCUUCCAUCCCCUCAUCGAUCUCUACUUCUCCUGCUUAUCAGUCGGGAGUCAAUAAGAAUUGCUGCAAUCCAUCCCCUUCGUAUAUACCUGGCUAGCUACUGCUCUCUGCUUCACUACCCAAUCUGCCGCGCCGGGGCGAUGAGGGCCUCAGGGGUCAUCAUCUAUCUAUAUAUUUGAGGCUCUUGAGAGGACAGAACAAGGUGUUUUUACUACUAUGGAACUGUUCUGGGGGUGCCGCUACGUCUACCAUUUAUGUGCCCUAGGCAAUGUCCACAGAGAAGAGCCAAACAUAACCUGGCUUUUUUACAACACAGACAUGCUGCUAAUGCUUGCUGUGGCAGUCGCUUCGGCUUCUCUCUUUUAUUAUCUGCUGCUGCUGCCUCAUUGUGGCUACCCCAGCCACCUAAGGUACCCCGGAGCAGCAGUGUCCAGAGAGAAGGUGUGAAUUCAGCACACACAACUCUACUCUGUGCAGGGUAAACAAUCGCUCUGGUAGAGUUGUUUUAUUAAUUGCAUUCAAUUUGCAACCAAGAAAACUCCCUGGAUUCAAUUAAGCAUCGAUAACUUUAGAUAUUAAAUAACUUGGGCAUUGGGGGAAACAGCAUUUACUUGCAUUAGGAAGAAAUAGAAUAGUAGAAAUGUGUCAACAAGGAAAAUUUUAAAGUUAACUAGUUAACUCAUGCAUUUUGUGUCCUGUUAUCAUAAAUAAAUAUUUGCUUACCGCAACAGUUCCAUUUUUUUUCCUUCACUUGUGCUCCACAGUUAUCUAUUUCAUUCAUUUUUAUUUCCUCCCUUUUUUCAAUUUUUGUCUCAGGUCCAUUUCAUUUACCAUUUGGAUGCGUGACUCGUUUUGGAUUUGAUUUUAUGAUAACAGAAUCUAGGUGUCAGUAGUUAGGACUAAUAAACUUUUUUGACCUAUUAGUGUAAAUCUGUAAAGAAAAUACCUGGUUUGGGUUGAGUCACUGUAAAGGAAAUGGAACAGAGGAACGCACUGGUAUUGGGUGAACAUGUGCUCAAAGCCACUGAUCGCAAGCGAAAGCAUGAGACUGCUACGGAGUGCGCUGAGGACAAUGAUGCAAUGGUGUUGUAUCAGCAUGAUCCAAGAAAACACCUUGUGAGAUUUGCUGACAGAACUCACUGUAAGAAAUCUAAAGUGACUUCCUGUGGGAGUGGAGCUAUAUUGGAGUCAUAUUGGAACUUUAAGACAAGUGGGCUGCCUGUGCGUGUGCUUUUAUACCAACAUGGUGACUGGAGUGAUUUUCCAGAGGAUGUUGUCAAUCUAGCACGGCGGGACUUCCAGUUGAAGAGGCCAAUUACUACUGCCGUGUUCCAGAACAAGCACAUCCUGUUGGACUUCAUUCAUAUGAUUUGUCUAGAUUAUGUGAUGACCACUAACAACCCACUAGCAUGGGUUGAUGAUCAUGGCAAAGGCUUCUUUCCAGAUAUAUCUGCUGGACUGUACACAUCUAAACCAUCUCAGCUCGACAAAGGUGAAGCUGCUGAGCGCACUGGGAUGUCUACUAGUGUAGCUGAGAGCUCAAGUUCAGUAUCUGUUGGUGGAGUAGUAUCUUAUGAUAAGAGGAUAAAUAAUAUUGUGGAUGACAAACUAAAAGCACACAAGAAACUUGCUGAAGCUAUUGGUGAAAAUAAAUCAGGUCCUUCAGUCCAUUUGAAUGAAUAUUCUAGUGGAACCAUACAAGCUGCCACUGGCAAGCGAAACAAUGGUCCACAUGUUGAUUCAGCUGUGCGAAAGUUGUUACUCCAAGGACUAGGCCAGCCUUUUACGGAAAAAGAUAUUAUUGGUAUAUAUAGAACACCACUGCUAGAUCAGCAUGGGCAAGCUCGUUCUGGUCUUUUCCAGGAGGAGGUAGAAGUGACCAAAAGCCGUCGUGGGAGUGCAAAUGUCCGUUAUGCUUGGCUUCCUUGCUCGAGAGGUAGUAUGGAGGAGAUGAUGAUGCGAGGUGCUUUGGAAAUUGCAAAACCUCAGCAGGUCCACACACUUGGUCUUGGAACUUGUCUUGCUCCAGCAAACUGCUCAAAUUCAUGUUCCAGCUAUUCAGAUUUCCAUGAAGAUGGCAUCAUCAGAAUGAUGUUAUGUCGUGUAAUAUUGGGUAAUGUUGAGGUUGUCUUGCCUGGAUCAAAUCAAUUCCAACCAAGCAAUGAAAGUUUUGAUAGUGGUGUGGACGAUCUCCAAAAUCCAAAACAUUACAUCAUAUGGGAUGCUAAUGUGCAUAAACGGGUAUAUGCUGAAUAUGCUGUUAUUGUCAAAGUACCUCCCAUGAUCAAUGAAUAUUUAGUCUCAAAGGAUAGCGUGUCCAACAUAUCUGAGAUCAUAAGUUCCGGUUCUCCAGACAAUCUAACCAAGGGGGAUAGAUUCCAAACCUUGGUGCCAUAUGCUGUUGAACAAGAAGCACCUAAGCUGCGGCAUGCUCCAAGGGCUCCCUCCUCACCGUGGAUGCCCUUUUCAAUGCUUUUUGCUGCCAUUUCUACAAAAGUGCCUCGUUCAGACAUGGACCUGGUCAUCAGAUACUAUGAAGAGUUUAAGGUUGUAAAUGUUCUUUUUCUCCCAAUUUGUGGUUUCCGGUUGGAUUCAUAUGCCUAUAGUGGCAUGCUAACCAUUGCGUGCCUUGUAAUUUCGAAACAGAGUAAAAAGAUUAGCAGGAGUGAGUUGGUGAUACGGAUGAGGCAAAUAAUUGGUGACAAGAUACUGGUUUCUACAGUAAUGAGGCUUCAGCAGAAGUUCCCACCGAUGGCAACAGCUGGGCUACCAAGAGCAUUGCGAAGGGGGAGGGAGUGAUAUCACAGUUGGUUUAAGCCUUAUCUGGAGAAUAACGUACACAGAUGCUUUUUUAUUUAUAUAAAACAACGUACACAGAUGCUUUGUCGACAUGGCCAAACACAGCACACUUGGAGCCGGGAGGAUGGAGUUAAGGAAGUCCCUCCAUUACAUGGUGGUACUGUUGUAGUAGCAAUCUCAGACUCAAAAACUAUUUAUUUAGGUCUUGACAAAUUAGAAACUCAGAUAAUAACAAUUAUUACUUAUAGUAGUGUAAUUCUGUUGCCUUGUGUGUAGUGUAUAUAUAACCUUAGAUUGGUCAAUGACUUCAUCCAACCGGUUCUCUCUUUCUUAUACAUUCAUGAGUUUACUCGUA